AUGAGUAGCUUCAAGCACCUAGCAGUAGCUCUCGCCUUCCUUCUGUGCAUGAUUUCUCAAGCAGAAAGCUCAUCGAAGCCAGUGAGACAAUGUCCGCCUCUGAAGAAGGGCAGCUUUGUUGUACAACAGUACCAACUCUAUCCCGAAAAUGCGGACUGGGACGUCAACAACUGCAUAGUCUAUUUUGGCGUUGUAGUUUACGAUCCUUACAAGGACGCCGUCCUCGACAUCUUGACAUUCGACGGUAUCACACGCAACCCUGCCUUACACAUCGGUGGCGUGCAGGUAGAUACUCGCACCAAACUAGUCUCGAUUGUAGUCGACGCCGCCGCCCCCUUCAAUACCGCCGGAAAUGACGUGUCGGGUGACAACUUCAUUAUCAAAUACGACCCGGCAAAGAAGCAGGUUCUGUGGAAUAAGAACAUCACGGCCGUGACAAAGGGGGAGUAUGGAGGCUUCCAGGACAUUGAGCACGACACCCACGGCAACACCUACGUCGUUGGCUCGUUCCCGGGGACAAUCAUGAAAGUCAACCGCGAGGGCUCUGCCGUCGUCCCGUGGUACCUCCCUGCGAAAAUUGACCACACGAAAAUGGGCUUCUCCGGUCUCGCGGCCACUGGUAAUAUCCUGCUGUCCAACAGUAACGAGGACGCCCAGAUCUACCGCUUCGACAUGAAAGCGGAUAAGGGCGCUCCCGUGCUCGUACCCAGAUCGCCGAACGUGACGCUGGCCGGCACCGAUGCCAUCUAUCUUCCACCAAGGUAUGGUGGGAAGGUCUUGCUCAUUGCCGAGAAUACCAAAGGCGUGACUGUUUUGCGGUCAAAAGACGGGUCAUGGAAGUCUGCGGAGCACCUUGGUACCGUACCGAAUAACUCCACUGAUGCUCAAGGAGGAAUUGUCACUGCUCCGGUGCAAGUCGGUGGUAGUCUUUUCAUGGUUGAGGAGUUCUUUGGAGAUGCUCCUGUCGCCGGCUCAACUUCUGGGAAUAGGACCAGUUUCCCAAUGGUGGAUAUUACCUCGCAGGUUGAGGAUCUUCUCAAGAAGUGA